AUGGUAUGGCUUGGUGUAUGUAGUGAAGGUUUAACAACACCAAUGAUUCUUGAAGAUGGUACUAUGGAUACCGAAAGAACUGUUGAGCCACCAAAUUCAUCUGAUUUAUAUCCAUUAGAUUACAGUAACGAAGAAAUUCUUCAGCAAGGCGAUGUUCGAAAUGAUCAUUUAGUUAUCGAACAGUCCAAGCCACGAUAUUCAACUUUGAUUAACUAA